AUGGCGGCGGGAGCCCUCUUCCUCGCCUGCUUCCGCGGCGGCGGCGGCGGUGGCGGCGAGGGGAGCGGCGGCCGCCUGGCGCUGCGCCCGCGGUACGCGCCCGUGCCGCGGCGCACCAAGGCGGCCGCGGUCGCCGGCGAUCUGGAGGCCGCCGCGGGGGCCGCCGAGGAGGAGGAGGAGGAGAAGGUGGUGUUGUUCGCGGUGACCGGCAUGACCUGCGCCGCGUGCGCCGGGUCGGUGGAGAAGGCCGUCAAGCGGCUCCCCGGCAUCCACGACGCCGCCGUCGACGUCCUCGGCUGCCGCGCGCAGGUCGCCUUCUACCCGGCAUUCGUCUCGGAGGAAAAAAUUAGGGAAACCAUUGAAGAUGUUGGUUUCGGAGCUAAACUGAUCGACGAGGAGCUUAAGGAAAAGAGCAUUCUAGUAUGCAGGCUGCACAUAAAAGGAAUGACCUGCACGUCUUGUGCAAAUACAGUUGAAUCCGCCUUGCAAGCUGUUCCAGGGGUUCAGAGAGCUUCCGUUGCAUUGGCUAUUGAAGAGGCGGAAAUCCGUUAUAAUCGGAGGGUUGUUGCUGCUAUCCAACUAGUCAAUGCAGUUGAAGAAUCUGGCUUUGAAGCAAUACUGGUCACCGCAGGAGAAGAUCGGAGCAGGAUAGACCUCAAAGUUGAUGGCAUUCUCAAUGAGAGAUCAGUAAUGAUAGUGAAAAGUUCUGUCCAAGCUCUUCCUGGUGUGGAAGACAUAAAAAUUGAUACCGAGCUCCAAAAGAUAACCAUCUCUUACAAGCCUGACCAAACAGGUCCACGAGACCUCAUUGAAGUCAUCGAGUCAGCUGGAUCUGGUCAUAUUGCUGUAUCAAUAUAUCCGGAAGCCGAUGGAAGAGAGCAGCAUAGAAAUGGGGAGAUCACGCGGUACAGGCAGUCCUUUUUGUGGAGCUUACUGUUCACAAUUCCAGUGUUCCUAACCUCCAUGGUGUUCAUGUACAUCCCAGGGCUGAAGGAGGGGCUGGACAAAAAGGUUGUCAACAUGAUGAGCAUUGGUGAACUAUUGCGGUGGAUUUUGUCAACUCCUGUCCAGUUUGUAAUUGGCCGCAAAUUUUACACUGGUUCUUACAAGGCAAUGUGUCAUGGCUCACCGAACAUGGAUGUGCUCAUUGCUCUGGGGACCAACACAGCGUACUUCUACUCAGUUUACUCGGUUCUCCGAGCUGCCACUUCUGAGAAUUAUAUGUCAACUGAUUUUUUUGAGACAAGUUCCAUGCUCAUAUCAUUUAUCCUUCUUGGAAAAUACCUCGAGAUCUUGGCAAAAGGAAAGACCUCUGAGGCUAUUGCCAAGCUGAUGGAUCUUGCACCAGAAACUGCAACUGUGCUGAUAUACGACAGCGAAGGGAAUGUUGUAAGCGAGAAAGAGAUCGACAGUCGGUUGAUUCAGAAAAAUGAUGUGAUCAAAGUCAUACCUGGUGGAAAAGUUGCUUCCGAUGGAUUUGUUAUUUGGGGCCAGAGCCAUGUGAAUGAAAGCAUGAUCACCGGAGAAUCACGGCCCGUGGCAAAGAGGAAGGGCGACACUGUGAUUGGAGGGACGGUGAACGAGAAUGGUGUCCUCCAUGUCAGGGCAACAUUUGUUGGAUCUGAGAGCGCCCUGGCACAGAUUGUAAGACUGGUAGAGUCAGCCCAAAUGGCAAAAGCUCCUGUACAGAAGUUUGCUGAUCAAAUCUCUAAAGUCUUUGUCCCCCUGGUCAUCCUUCUUUCUUUGCUUACUUGGCUUACAUGGUUCUUAGCUGGGAGGUUUCAUGGCUACCCUAGCUCGUGGAUACCAUCUUCCAUGGAUAGCUUUCAGCUAGCUCUUCAGUUUGGGAUAUCGGUUAUGGUGAUCGCCUGCCCUUGUGCACUGGGACUUGCAACUCCAACUGCUGUGAUGGUUGCAACUGGAGUCGGUGCCUCGCAAGGUGUUCUGAUCAAGGGCGGGCAAGCUCUGGAGAGUGCGCAGAAGGUGGACUGCAUUGUUUUCGACAAGACAGGAACACUAACCAUUGGAAAGCCUAUUGUCGUCAAUACCAGGCUCUUUAAAAACAUGGUCCUACGUGAAUUCUAUGACUAUGUUGCAGCAGCAGAGGUCAACAGUGAGCAUCCGCUAGCAAAAGCCGUAGUGGAGCAUGCCAAGAACUUUCACUCGGAAGAAACCCAUAUCUGGCCUGAAGCAAGGGAUUUCAUUUCAGUCACCGGACACGGUGUCAAGGCAAAGAUCAGCGACAGCAGUGUCAUUGUGGGCAACAAGAGCUUUAUGCUGUCGUUAGACAUUGAUGUCCCCGUGGAAGCUUCAGAGAUCCUCAUGGAAGAGGAAGAGAAGGCACACACAGGGAUCAUCGUGGCCAUGGAUCAAGAAAUAGUCGGCAUAAUCUCUGUGUCUGAUCCGAUAAAACCGAACGCCCAUGAAGUGAUAUCAUACCUCAAGUCAAUGAAGGUGGAGUGCAUAAUGGUGACCGGGGACAACUGGGGAACCGCCAACGCCAUCGGCAAAGAGGUUGGCAUCGAAAACAUCAUAGCCGAAGCGAAACCAGAGCAGAAGGCUGAGAAGGUGAAGGAGCUUCAGCUGUCUGGCAAAACCGUCGCAAUGGUUGGCGACGGGAUCAACGACUCGCCGGCGCUGGUGGCGGCCAACGUCGGGAUGGCCAUCGGCGCGGGCACGGACGUGGCCAUCGAGGCGGCGGACAUCGUGCUCAUGAAGAGCAACCUGGAGGACGUGAUCACGGCCAUCGACCUGUCCAGGAAGGCCUUCUUCCGCAUACGGAUGAACUACGUGUGGGCCCUGGGAUACAACAUCAUCGGCAUCCCGAUCGCCGCGGGCGUGCUGUUCCCGUCGACCCGGUUCCGGCUGCCGCCGUGGGUCGCCGGCGCCGCCAUGGCCGCGUCCUCCGUCAGCGUCGUCUGCUGGUCCCUCCUGCUGAGGUACUACAAGAGGCCGUUGAUCACACAGGAGCGGCAGGCAUAG